UGGCUCUAUCACCACUCGAGCCAUCCGUAUCCGAGCGAAGAAGAGAAGAAGGCCCUGUGCAACGCCACAGGGCUCAGUAUAUCUCAGGUUUUUAACUGGAUGAUCAACGUACAUCUUCUAUUUUAUAUCUCUCCUGCAAUACUGGUUCCUAUCCCUCUGCUAGGCACACUGCCGCAUACUUGUACCCGCAUGCAUUGUGGCUGCAAAGCCACGUACUAA